UAAAACGGUUCGAUUCAGAAAUCACAAAACAGAAAACAAAAACAAAAAAACAGAAGCGAAAUGAAGGCGAUCGGCGUCGGGAGGAGGCCUUCACCGUCUUCUCCUAUCCUCCCCCAUCACUCAUCGAGCCAGAAGAAGCUUGCACGAGCGCGAUUACUCCGCAUCCCCUCCAAGAGGUCGCUCCUUCGCCUCCUCCUCCUCUUCGCCGUCCUCGCUCUCGCCCCACCCCUCUACUUCCACUUCCGCCUCCGCCGAUUCCAACAGAUGCGAUCGAGGAAGUGCGGGUGGUUGGAAAGUCCUCCCCUUGUCUGUGCUCAUGGAGGCGAUUCGAGCAAGGCCGUCCCCAACACCAUGGAUGCUUAUCGCGUCGCCAUCGAUUCUCGAGUGGAUUGCAUAGAAAUAGAUGUCUCUCGUUCUUCAGAUGGGGUGCUGUUUGCGCUGCAUGAUCGGGAUCUGCAGAGGAUGUCUGGUAAUAGUACAGCAAAAGUUGGCUACAUGAACAUGAAUCAGAUAAAGGAACUGGAUGCAGGCCUUCAGUUUGCACAAGAAUUUCACAACCAAAAAGUUCCUACAGCUGAAGAUGCAUUGGCGACAAUAGCAAACUCAAUUAGGCAGGUCAUUGUGGAUGCAAAAGUCGGCCCACCAUUGUAUGAGAAAGGCCUAGCAAAGGACAUACUGUCAAUUGUGAAGAAAACCCAAUGCAGAAAUUGCGUUGUCUGGGCAAAAAGUGACGUCUUGGCAAAUGAUGUUAUCAAGCUAUCACAAGAAGUUGGGGUGGGAUACAUUGUUAUGAGUGAUCCUUCUACUGGUGCAAGAAGCAAACUUUUGAGAAUGAAAGGUGCUGCAGUUGUGGGCGUCUACCAUCCUUUGGUUGAUGAGGAACUUGUCAGAAUUUUGCAUGGGGAGGGCAAGAAAGUCUAUGCUUGGACUGUCGAUGAUGCUGGGUCCAUGCAAAGAAUGCUGUUUGAGCAUGUUGACGCCAUCAUCACGAGCAAUCCGUCCCUCCUUCAGGGCAUCAUGCAGGACAUGAAAACAGAAUGUCUACAGGGUGGGUUUCCUUGACAGUAAACUAUCUAUCUCCCAGAUUAUAAGGUUACUCCACAGGAUUCAUACUUAUUCUGCUAGCCUUCUUCUUGUUCACUAUUUAAAAUAUGGAAAGAAUGACUGGGUUGUGUUAGAUCAUCUAUUCUUAAAGCUAUUUUCAGCUUUACCUUCUUUCAAACUUCACUCAAUUUCUCUAUAGAUUUUUUCAUAGAUAGCUCGUUGUUCCUUUUGGGUUACCCUAUUUAUUGGAAAUUUGGAAAACAUUAGCUUCCUUAAUACAUAGCUUAUUUUUCA